AUAAUAUGUCAGCAUGGAAAGAUUAUGUUCGGGAGAAUGGAAAGGCAAAUGUAUAUGCAAAUAGACCUAUAGAAAGGUGGGAUGAUAUUGUUAUGUUGUGUGGGACAGAUAGAGCAACCGGUGAAGGUGCUGAAACAUUUGAAGAUGCUGAUGAAGCAAUGGUGGGAGAGGAUGAAAAUGAUGUAGAGUACCCAAUACCACCUGCUGCCCCACCAACACAGCCUUCCACAUCAUCUACGAUAGAGUCCCAUCAAAAGAAACGGAGGAAAGAUCCAUUGGUUGCUAUUGUUGGUGACAUUGCUUCAUCACUCAAGGAGUACAUGAACUUGAAAAAGAAACCAAGUGGUCAAGAGAUAUAUGAAGUGGUAUCAACAGUUUUGGGUCUUUCUCAACAAGAAAUAUUCAAGGCAGUCCAAUUGUUAUUAAAUGGUGAUCCUGAGCAAUUUUAUUUGCUAAAAUCACUUCCUGAUGACAAGAAAUAUGAUUGGUUGGCUUUCCUUUUAAGUUCAGUUGGUUUCUCUGGCACAAGCAGUACAUGAAAUGGUAUGUUGAAGCUUUCAAUUUAUUAAUCACGUUGAAGGUUCUAUAAACAUAUAAAUUAUAUUUCUCUAUUAUCAGUUCUGGUUUUUGUUUUUCUGGAUUGGAGCUACCGUACAGUUGAUUAGCUAUAAAAUAACAUUGCUAGAUUGGCUUGCAUAUUGAUAGCUGUCAGUAAGUAUGAAUGGAGUAAGGGGUGCGAAAUUUCUCAGUCAUCUGUUUUGAUGAUGAGUACUCUUUUUUUAUAUGGUGCAAGUGCAACUUUAAUCCUCUAUGUGGUUAUCAACUACCAGUUUGAGAUCAAAUAUGACUAUAUUGUAAAUAAAUGAAUGAGUUACAAUUUAGGCGAGUUAUCUUUCAUUCAAGACUGGAUGAAUGGAGCUGUCAUUUACCAGUUACUUACCUUUUCAAUUUGAAUAUC